AUGGGCGGCGCGGCGCUGGCGCUGGCGCUGCUGGCGGCGGCGGCGAGCGCGGCGCGCGCGGCGGGCGGCUGCGGCGUGGCCGAGUGGGCGUGCCGCAGCGGGGGCUGCGUGCGGCUGGACGCCUUCUGCGACGGCAGCGCGGACUGCGCCGACGGCAGCGACGAGCCGGCGGGCUGCACCGUGUGCAACCGCACGUACUACGGGCGCGUGGGCGUGGCGUACUCGCUGGGCGUGCGCGAGGCGCCGCGCGUGCCCUUCCUGUGCCACCUGACGUUCACGGCGGGCGGAGGCGCGCACGGCGACCUGGUGCAGUUGGCCUUCGAGGAGUUCCGCGUGGGUCGCUACGAAGUCGGCGCGCUGGACGGCUGUCCCGAUGGCUACAUGCAGCUGUCGGAACUGGGCCGGCCCUUUACGGGCGGCUCGUGGUGCGGCUCCGCCGAAGGCGCCGCGCUCUACUACAGCGAGACGUCCACCGUUACAGUCUCGAUAAAGCUUUUCCGCGCGCGACUCGGCGAGCCUUUCGGGUUCCGGUUACGUUACAAGUUCCUCGCUCAGCGCGACGCCGUCGUCAGGUUUGGCGCGUUGGAAGCGCCGUUGGAGCGCGGCGCGGUGUCACCGGGCACGUACUGCACGCGCACGUACGAAGAGUGUCACCGCAAGCCGUGCAAGUUGCAGAGCCCCAACUACCCUGGCAUGUACCCCAGAAAUGUGACAUGCUAUUGGAGCCUGCGGCAGAAAGACAUCCCGACGUGCAAGCAUGCUAUGAUUUCUGUGCGCCAGGAGUAUUCUCAUAAGAUGCAGAUUAAACGAUCUAUCGCUGUAGCCAGCAUGAACAAGACCGGUCGCGCAGUUCGCGCGUGGAGAGAGUGUACUGGAGAGCGGGAUAGGUUGAUCGUGUACGACGGCGCGUCGACGGAUGACCCCGUGCUGGUGGAGUACUGCGGCGGCGACUGGCUGCCGCGCGUCACGUCCCGCGGCCCGGAGAUGCUCGUAGCGUUUCACUCGUCGCCGUUCUCGGCGCCGUUGCGGCCCGCGCAGCCGGCGGCCCCACUGCGAGGUUUCGAGCUAGACGUCGAUGUAAUCUUCGCCGAUUCCGACUCGCUCGACUACGCGAGAGAGGCGCGGCGCUGCGAGUUCCACGUGAAAGCGUCUUCGGCGGAGGAAGAGAGCAACGUGACGGCGGCAGGCGCGCUGGGCGUCGUCGCGGGGACGCUGGGCGCGGGACGCGGGCGGCGCGGAUUGCUGCGCGCGCCCGCGCAUACUUUGCCACCCAACACUACUUGUGCGUGGACAUUCCACGGCCGCCCAGGUGACCUCGUGUGGAUCUAUUUCUCGAGCUUCACUCAGUAUUCGCUGGUCGAGUCGCGACGAACGGACAGCGCGGAACGGGAAGAGGACACCGCAGCGGCCACUUCAGCCGCGACGCCGCUCGCGCGACCUGCGCCGACGGCGAGGCAGCCGGGCGCGGCCGGCGCUGGGCCGUGCGCCGUCGAGCUGCGCAUUUGGGACGGCGGAGGCGCCGGAGCCGCGCGACUCGUCGGCCAGUACUGCGACUCCGCGCCUGCGCUUUGCGCCCGAGCCGCUCUGGCGAACGCUACGCGCGUACCUCGACCCUGUUCGCCUCCCGACGGGUACGUGUCAUCGACGGCUCUGUUAUCGCUCGCGGCCACCACGCUGCCGGGCACGGCGACGCAUCCUUUGGCGUUCGCGCUGCACUACGAGUUCGUGGACGCGCGGCUGGAGGGCGAGGCGUGGGGCGGCGCCGCGCCGCGGGCGGAGCCGGCCGCGUGCUCGCGCCUGCUGCUUUCGCCGGGCGAGUUCGCGUCGCCUCGCAACGCGCUGUGGUUCGGGCGCGGCGGCGCUCGUCGCCUGCGCUGCGUCUACCGCCUGCAGGCGGAAGGAUCGCACCUGGAACUCGCGUUGACGGCGGCCGCCUUCGGCCGCGACCCUCGCUGCGCCACCCGAUCCGACCCUCGCACCGGGCGACUCGCGUGCUCGCCCUCCCCGCCCGAUUCCGCGGGGUCGCGCGCGUCCGCUGCUCUCGAACCGAACGUCGAAUUCGAGGACGAAGACGACCCGGCAACCGUGCCGCACCUGUGGGUUUACGAGUCGCCGUGGCCCGGCUACAGGGUGCCGCUGGCGUGUCUGUGCGACAACAGCAGCGCGCCUCUGCGGCUGGGCGGCGCGGGCGCGGUGGAGCUGGAGCUGGCGGCGGGGCGGCUGGCGGCGCGCGAGGACCAUCGGCAUCUGCAGUUUCGCGGCUCGUGGGCGCGCGGCGGCUCGUCGCGCUGCGCGGCGCAGCGCCGCCUGCCGCCGCCCGGCGCCAGCGUGCGCCUCGCCUUCCCUUACGAUAACGAUCGCGUCUCCGCCUGCGGCGAGACGCCGUUCUUGCUGGCGGCCCACGGCAACCGCUCCGUGUGGCUGCGCGUGUGGGGCGACGAGGUGCCGGCGGCACCUACGCCCGCUGCCGACGCGCCCCCCGACCCGCCGCCCUGCCACACCGCAAACCGUGUGCUAAUCUACGACGCGCACACGUCACGGCUGGUGAAGGCCAUCUGCCCGAGCGCGGACAGCGGCGAAGAGGAGCGCGCGCGCAGCGUGCAGGUGUUCAGCGGCAACUGGCGCGCGGGCGGCGCCAGCGCGGCGCUGCUGCUGGUGUGGGCGGGCCGCGAGGCGGGCAGCGCGCGCUUCGUGUGGAUGGAGGUCUGGCGCGCGCAGCAGCCGCAGCAGCCGCCGCAGCCGCACAACGCCACCGCCGCCUGCGAGUUCCCCUGCGCGACGCUGGGCGCCUGCAUGGACGCCGGUCUCUGGCUGCUGCUGCUGCUGGCCCUGCUGGCCGCGGGCUGGCUGCGCCGGCGCAGCGCGCGCCGCGACAAGCGCGUGCUGGGCGCGCUGGCGGCCGGCCGCCGCCUCACCGAGGAGCUGCUGUACGACGCGUCGCGCACCUCCACGGCCUCCUGACACCGCGAGCGCUCCGUCGAGUACAUCCACGUGGACCGCGAGACCACCGUGUGACGGAGCGCCGCCCCCCGCCGCUGUACAUACCGCCGCGAGGCGCCUCUGUACAUAUUAAUCCGUACUGAUGUAGCCGCGCACGUCCGACCGUAGCGUAUCGUAUCCCGCACGGUAGUGUAUACUAGUGAGUGGGCCGAGCGAUCGGCCCUAGUGUAAAUAAGUCGUCGACGAGUAGUGGGACCGCGUGAUCCUCGAGAGUCGUGAGCGUUGUGAAUCGUGAGUGAAAUCUCCGAGUGACCGACUCCAAGUGAUAUUAAAUGGUGUUAUAUUCGUUAUGAUUCCUUUGUCUAUUCUCGUUAUUCAUUCUAGAUUGCGUUGGUCUUCGGACGAGUGAUUUGUUGUGACUUCAAGUGCCGUUAAUUUGCCCGGCGGCGCGACGCGUUCGACCGCCGACCGACGUUCGUUCCGAUCUAAAUUGUCCCUACGCUAUUGAUGAUUGUUUCGGAGAACUAUCCCGUCCCUCGUUUUCACCUAAGUUACUAAAUAAAAGAUAAUUAAAAAUAAUAGUU